ACUCAGCGCCGCCGCUCCCCGGCGAAACCGACAGGUAAACGCACCUGGCCCCGUGACCGUGCGUCAGAUACACCUGGACAACGCACAAGCGGCCCGGGACAGGGAAGUGGAGAGAGAGGGAGAGGGAGACACAGGAAGCAGAGAGAAGAAGGACAGGUAGAGAGAGCGAAGGUUGGCGUUGUGCGUGUGUGUGUGUGUGCGUGGGGGAGAUGAUGCCGGUACACCCACGCAGGGUACGCCUGAAGCCGUGGCUCAUGGCCCAGGUUGACGGUGGGCUAUUCCCGGGCCUGGUUUGGCUCCAUCGAGAAAACAAACGCUUUCAGAUUCCGUGGAAACACGCCACCCGCCACAGCCCACCACAGGACGAGGAGAACACCAUCUUCAAGACCUGGCUGUUGGAUCACAGGGAAGUUACCAGGGUCGGUUCCCUGGAGGACAAUGACUCGUGGGACGAGGUGACACUUGGAUCACCUCGCCGCCCCCAUUGGAGCUGUGAUCUGAUUGUCCUCUCGUUGUUGUUGCCGCCAGUGACGGACCUGGAGAUCCAGUUCCAAUACCGAGGCAAGGAGCUGGGACCCCCCCUCACCGUCAGUAACCCUCAGGGCUGCCGCCUGUUUUACGGUGACCUGGGGCCCAUGCUCAACCAGGAGGAGCUGUUCGGCCCCGUCUCGCUGGAGCAGAUCCGCUUCCCAGCCACGGACCACAUCGUCAACGAGAAGCAGCGCCUCUUCACCAACCGCCUGCUGGACGUGAUGGACCGCGGCCUGAUUCUGGAGGUCAGCGGGCACGCCAUCUACGCCAUCCGUCUGUGCCAGUGUAAGGUGUACUGGUCAGGUCCCUGCGCUGGGGGCAGCGCCAUCCCGCACGUUAUCGAGCGACAGAAGAAGGUCAAGCUCUUCUGCCUGGAGACAUUCCUGAGCGAUCUCAUCGACCUCCAGAAGGGCCAGAGCAACAAGGUGCCCUCGUUUGAGAUCUACCUGUGCUUCGGUGAGGAGUGGCCGGAUGGCAGACCCAAGGACAGGAAGUUGAUAAUGGUGCAGGUUGUACCGAUAGUCGCACGGAUGAUCUACGAGAUGUUUACCGGGGAGAUUACUCGCUCGUUUGACAGCGGCAGCAUCCGGCUGCAGAUCUCCACGCCGGACAUCAAGGACAACAUCGUGACCCACCUGAAACAGCUGUACCACCUGCUGCAGACCCCUCAGGGGCACGAACCCUGGCCCGUGCAGCCCCCAGUCAUGCAUAUGGCAGCCCCACUGCCAGUGCAGUAAGCUGCACUGCUCCUCCACACAGCAGCAUUGCAUCUGUUUUUGCAGCAUUGCACGUUUUUGCUGCAUCGCACGUUUUUGAUGCAUCGAACGUUUUUGCAGCAUUGCAUGUUUUGCAGCGAUGCACCUGCCUUGCAGUGAUGCACUUGCCUUGCAGCGAUGCACCUGCUUUGCAGCAAUGCAGCUGCCUUGCAACAAGUCGCAAGUUCCAGCAAGUGAACUUUCUGCAUUUCAUCCACCGUGGUUGACAGGUUUGCCGUACCAGUGCCGUAUCCCAGACUGUGCCAAAAUGAUUCCAACAUUCCAUUCGGCCCAGCUCCCAGAGAACGCUUAGUUCCACGUUUUGUGUACCUGUUCUCUAUGCACCUCCAACCUUGGUGGGCAAGUCCAUGCGUGACUGCCCAGCCCUGCAACAAACUAAUUCCCAUUCCGACAGUCCAAGCUAACGAGAUUGGACUUUGUUCUUAUCAAAAAAAAACCCCAGCCCAACUAGAGAGCAGGAGAGAGCAUUUAACGUUGAGAACUAUUAACAUUCGUGUUUAACUAA